AUAUUAAAAAAAAAUAUAUAUAUAUAUCCAAUAUCGAAAAAUUUGUGAUAUUAAUAUUAAUAUCAUAAGAUAAUAGCAAACAUAGGACACGUUGAUGAAAAUUUAAUUACAGCAUCAUUUCGUUUCGAUGUUCAAAACAGAGAUUGUAGUAUAUGUUGUUGCGGUAACCUCAGUAUCCCUAACUUUAUUGUAGUAAACCGGCGACCAAGGUAGAAUACAGAAAGAAGAAUUUUUAUUUAUUAAAUACAAAAGAAUGUCGAAUUUUGUAAAAUUUAUCGAAGAAAACAUACUUUAUGAAAUUUUAGCCGUAUCAUGGCUUUUACUUCUUUGGAAAUAUUAUUUAAAUCUUCGUCAGAGGGAUUUGAUGAUGAGAUUGACUGAUUUACCUAAAUCAGUUGAAGGUUUAAUGACAAAGGAUGUUUAUAAGAAAGCACACAGUUAUUUGCUAGAUCGGUUAAAAUUUAAUGAUUUUGAGAGUAUAUUUUCUGAACUUUGUACUAUGGUGUAUUUGUUAAAUUUAUGCUACUAUCGAUUUUGGCUAUGGAGUAUUGAUAUUGUCAAAUAUUGUGGCUUUGAUGAUCAAAAUGAAAUUCUCUUAAGUGGCGUUUGUAUGUUCAUUAUAAACGUUAUCUAUGAUAUAAUAAUUUUGCCAUUUAAGAUUUAUUCUACGUUUGUUGUGGAACAAAAACAUGGCUUUAAUAAAGAAACACCAUUAUUCUUUGUCAAAGAUCAGCUUCUUCGAUUUGUUGUAUGUGAGACACUUGCGGUACCCUUCCUAUGUGCUGUAACAUGGAUCAUAAAAAAUGGUGGAGGGUACUGUUUCCUUUAUCUUUGGAUAUUUUUAAUAGUUGCUGCUCUUUUCCUUAUGAUUAUUUACCCGGAACUAAUUGCACCACUUUUUGAUAAAUACACACCUCUUCCAAAUGGAGAUUUGAAAAGAAAGAUUGAAGAGUUAGCAGCAUCGAUAAACUAUCCACUUUAUAAAAUAUUUAUUGUUGAAAAUUCAAAAAGAUCAUCACACAGCAAUGCAUAUCUGUAUGGUUUUCACAAACAUAAAAGAAUUGUUCUCUAUGACACUUUAGUCAAGGAGUAUUAUAAACCAGCGGAAGGUGAAACAAACACAAAAGGAUGUACUACAGAUGAAGUAGUAGCAGUAUUGGCACACGAAUUAGGACAUUGGAAAUAUAGUCAUACAUUAAAGGGAUUUAUACUUGGCCAGGUACAGCUGUUGAUGAAUAUUUACCUAUAUGCAAAACUUCUUGAUUAUAAACCUAUAUUUGAAGCUUUUGGGUUUAUGGAUAGUCAACCCACGUUUAUAGGAUUCAUAAUUAUUACUAUCUAUAUUUCAAAUCCCCUAAAUAUAUUAGUCCAAUACAUAACAAAUAUACUUAGACGAAGAUUUGAAUUUGAAGCAGAUAAGUUUGCAAAAAUUUUGGGACAUGGACAAACAUUAAAAAGCUCUUUAAUUAAGCUACAGGAGGACAAUCUUGGUUUUCCUCUUUAUGAUAAAUUGUAUUCUAGUUGGCAUCAUAGUCAUCCUCAAGUCCUUGAAAGAAUUGAAGCUAUUGAUAAAGAAGAUUAACUAUAACACUUUUUAAUACAUCAUGUGCAUCAUGUAUAUUAUUUUAACACUGUGUAUAUCAAUUUAAUGCAUGCAUGGUUAAGAGCCAUGUAAAACAGUUACAUUGGAUAGUAAUUAAACAAUGGUUUUAUAAUUUGCAAUUGAUAUAACUUAUAGUUUAAGGGUACAAUUAAAUAAUAGCCAUACACAC